GCCAGUAGUUCGCUCGUUUCACCGGGUGCGGUGCAGGUGCGGAUCUAAUGGCAACAUCUGCAUGGACCAACCUCACAUCAUGAAAUUAUUAAAAGGAGGUUCUCCAAUCGAAACCCAUCCACCUCGUUUUCGAGACGAUCCAACCCAGUACGUAUCUGUACCGGAAAAUUCUAGUGCUGUACUCUCCGCUGAAUUAUACGAAUUGACUGAUGACACUGAAAUAUUAUGGUCUAAAGAUGGAGGUGCGCCUAUCGUUCCUGAAAGAAGAAGACAGCUUAGGAUCUCUCAAAACACGGUACAAUUGGCAUUGGACAGAGUCAAUAAAGAUGACGCCGGUUUGUACUCCGUAACGGCCAGAUCACCUCUAGGAGUCGCCUCUAGAGAUGUCGAACUCAGAGUGUGCAGCUCUGAAGAUGACGACGAACCGCCAGCAUUCCUUAGACGACUCAACGACUUAUCGGUCAAAGUCGGGACCAGGACGAGGUUCUUAGUCGAAAUCAGAAGCAACACCACGUUAACGAUUGAAUGGUUGAAAAACGAAGAAAGAAUCAAUGAGGGCGAACGGUACAAGUUCGUAAACGAAGGAGGUUUCCACUGCGUAGAUGUCGCGCCGGUCACAGUCCAAGAUAUCGGACGGUGGAUGUGCGCCGCUAGAAAUGCCGCCGGGCAAGCGUCGAGUUCCUGCCAUCUCAACGUACUCGUUCCGAAAACUUACAAGGCGCCCGAGUUCCUGGAAGAACUGCGAGCUCUUCUCACCGAACAAGGGACCGUUUCGCUGGAAUGUAAGGUAGUUGGAGUACCGACGCCGGCGUUGCGAUGGUUCAAAGAUGGAAAGGAAAUCCAUGCGGGGGAUGUUUUCGCCCUUACUGCGAAUCCUAACGAUCCCACGUCUCUGGGCGUCUACGUCUGCGAGGCGAUUAAUUGCAUGGGAAAGGCCGUUUCCAGUUCGAGAGUACACGUUGUGGAUAGCCACGAUGGCGAUGAAACAUCCGCGCAUAGUCAUUUACCGAUUGGACCUCCACCGAUUUUCACUCGAGAUUUACAAGACGAAUCGAUAAAAAUAGGCGAUCCUAUUUUACUUACAUGCCAAGUAUCCACGCCGCCUUGGCCGAAGUCGAUACAAUGGUACAAUUCCGAAGGCAGAAUCGACGAUCAGGACCAAGGCAGCAGGUACAAACAAAUGGCAGACGGUAUUGGAGGGUAUAUGUUAGAAGUUAAGCCUACCGAAGCCUGCGAUCAAGGCGAAUGGAAAUGCGUCGCGACGAGCGACACUGGAGUCGUUUCCAUUUCAACAUGUACAGUCAACAUGAUAAUUCCCAAACACUUCAGAAAACCCCGAUUCAUGGACACGCUGAAGGCCAUCCUAACCGAAGAAGGCCUCGUGUCGUUCGAAUGCAAAGUGGUGGGUUCGCCGACGCCGCUUCUGAGGUGGUUCAAAGACGGGCAGGAACUGAAACCGGGCGACGUCUAUCAACUAACCGGCACCAAUUCGCUCGGCUCCUAUUGUUGCAUAGCCAGGAACUGCAUGGGCGAGGCGAGGAGCUCCGCCGAGCUGACGGUAGAAGACAUCGAGAACCAAUUGAACGACGAAGAGAGGGAACAACUCGUUGCCAGGAGCCAAGCGCCCAAAUUCAUACAAGGACUGAAGAGCAGCGAAGCUAAAAUCAACGAACCCUUUAGGUUUACUAUACAAGUAAGCGUCACGACGCCCCUGCCUCUUAUAUCGUGGUUCAGAGACGACCAGCCGGUGAUCAACGAGCCGGAGAAAUACAUAGUGUUCCGCGAAAACCUGGGCGUUUGUCACCUCGACGUCCGCCCCGUCGAAUUGAACGAUCAGGCCGAAUGGAAAUGCGUCGCGACGAACGAUUUCGGCCAUUCGGUGACCUCGUGUUUCUUGAAAAUUAUCAUUCCGAAGCACUUCAGGAAGCCGAAAUUCCUGGAGUGCCUGCGCGCCGUGCUCUCCGAAGAGGGCGCCGUUAACUUAGAGUGUAAAGUCAUCGGCGUGCCGCAGCCGAUACUCAAAUGGUACAAGGACGGCAUCGAACUAAAGCCUGGAGAUAUCCACAGGAUCACUUCGGGACAGGACGGCAGAUGUUGCCUCGGAACGUACACGUGCGAGGCCCGAAAUUGCAUGGGCACGGUGGCCAGCUCGGCGUCCUUGCUGGGAUUCGAGGACCAGAAGCCGAGGAGCGCGGCCCAACGACCGGAGUUGGGACGGCAAUUGUCCCUGUCCACGAUUCACGAGGAGCGGACGUCGCAAAUGUACGACACCGCCGGCGACCAGUCCAUAACUCUGGCCGAUCACGGGGAAGUUUCGUUUUCGUUCGACGGCAAAGAAGUGUCCGUGUCGCUGUACGAAACGCCCGAUCUCACCGAGGACGAGGCCAUACAGAUCGUCGAAAUGUACGCCGAGCAAUUAUCCGAGCAUUUUUCUGAACACAAUGUGGUGGAAUUACCGCCGCUUAGGUUCGUUAAAGAAUCAUCGCAAUCGGGGAAUUUACUCAUGGAAGCUGUGGUGGUGGACGUGUCCGAUGAUUACUUCCACACGGCCGAAGAAGACCUGCGAACGGAAGCAGACGUUGACGAAAUACUAUCUAUAACGAACGAAGCGACGUUCACGUCGGAAAAACUGAAAAUCGAUUUGAAUUCCAACGGGGAACAGCCGAAACGACCGCCCAGGAAAGCGGACUCGCAAAGGAGCAAUUCCUACUACAGCCUGAGCAAGAAUCUCUCAUUAGACUCCGAAAAAGGCGAAGGAAGCUUAGCCGGCGCCGCUGAAUUAGACACAGAAUCUUACGGAGAAUACGAAAGCGCCAUGAGCUCCGAUAAGAAUCAAUUACUAGAAGACAAAGCUUACCAAGUAGCCGCUAUCACUGAAACUACUAGUUUACCAGGAGACGAAGAAGAGAGAAGGCCGCUGACGCCGCACACGGCGCAUGAAAUCGGCUCGGAUUUAAGAGUCAACAGGAGCGAAAGCCAGGAAUUGAAGAAAUCCAGAAGACGCCGAUCUUCGCAAAGCUCAGACGAAAUGUCCAAAGAUGGUUUCAAGCGAGGCGCGAUCAAAAAAACCAUCAGCUUGGAAAUAACCGAUGCUUUUCAGAGGGAUUUACAAGGCGAAGAAGGAGAUGGGUUGGUUAUUGAUCCCAAAAUAACCGCUACAAAAAUUACUGAACUACAGAACCAAGAAAAUAGAAUUGUGGAGGAAUUACAAAUAACUCUCGAUGAAAUACUCGAAGGUCUCUCAAAUGUGACAGCUAAUCUUUCGUUGCAAUCCGCUGAAAAAUCAACAACAGCCAUCGCAGAUAGAAGCAAUGAGGUGUUGAAUAGCAUUUCUCAACCCAUUAAAGAUAUUAAAACAAUCUUCGACAGUUUCCAGCACAAAGAAUCAUAUAUUAUUGAACUGAUUGCACCGUCAAUAUUUGAUCUUCAAAAAAGUUUAACACUUAUCGAAAAUUGCAUAAGUAUUAAGCGCAAAGAGCAUACCCUCAUACAAAAAACUUGCUAUAAUAUUCUUCAAACUUCCGGAAGAAAUAUUAACAAAGCUUUGAGAUCGGUCGAAGAAAUAGCUUUAUUAGAAAAGGAACUAAAUAUUUCGCAAGCCACUGGUAGAAUGACGCCAUCGAAAAUAAUUCAAGAAGUAUGCAUUACGAUUAAAGAAAUGCAGAGUAAAUUAUGUAAAUUGGAAACAUCUUCAGCUGAAAAAGUUUCAUCAUCUCCGGAUGUUACUUCUGCAUCAUCUCGACGAUUAUCAAGUAGUAAGGACAUCGAUGUAUUAGAUAAACUUUUAGACGCGGUCACGAACAUAAAAAUUGCCCUUAACGAUCUUGCUGGAGAUAGCAGCAUCGCCAUUUUGGAUAAACUGCAAGAUCCUGUGGAGAUUUUGAUAAAAGAAAUGAAAGUGGUCCAAAAAGAGUCAGUUAGAUACACCGCUGAUAAAUCGUUGCAACAAGAAAUACGCCGGGCACUUUUGGACAACCUCAGUACACCAGUCGAUGAAAUUUCAAAGGGUUUGAAUGUCAUUAAAGUGCAAGAACCCGGCGACGUGCACGCAACGUUAAUAAGCAGAAACGUUUUAGAAUCGUUAGAAGCACCAGUGGAUUCUAUAAUACACUCGUUAACUAGAAUAAAAGAUCACGCUGUUGUAGCGAAGGAAUCCGAAGUUACUUCUUCUGAAGAAGUAUUCACCGAAGUUCUAGAUAAAGUAACUAAACUGGUGUUUACCAACAUAACACAAGCUGUUGAAGAGCUCCUUCUUAGCAUUAAUACCGCUAGGUCUAAUGUAUCGGACGUGGCAGUUCUGGAAGCCCUGGAUAAUUUGAGUCUUCUACAAAGAGAUCUUUCAGUUGCCGUUGCUGAGGCAUCGAAGUUCCAAACUCACGCCACGGUCUCCGCUUUGGAAAAUUUAAACGAACCGAUUCAUUUAUUAAACAGUUUAGUUAGAAGCAUAACGCCGACUACUGGGAAAUACAUUUUGGAAGACACUAUAAACUUGUUGAAUAUUCUUGAAGACUGCGUGAUUGUUGACGAUACUAUCUUGCAAAGUUUGGAUUUGUGCAUUAUAUUCUCUAUACUGAGAGGGAAAAUUUACGAAGCCAGAGAAAAUAUUUGCAGUUUAAUUGAACAGGGCAGUUCGAUGGAAAAGCCAGAGGACAAUGUUGUCGUAGUGUUAGAAGAAGAAUCGUCUACAGUAGUAUCGGAUGCACUCAUCGAAGAUACUAAAGUGACAUUAGAAACUCUUAACGAAAAGUGCAUUGAACCGUAUCUGACAAUGCUAGAACCGUUCUUAGUAAGAAUUAGAGAACUCAACGAAGCCACCACUGAUCAGCUAUUAGUGAAAAGCAAAUUAGAAUUAACUAUUAAUGAUAGAGUGUUGUUGCAGAAGCACGUUAUACCGUUAGAGAUGAUUGAAGAUUUCAUAAUCGGUUCGCUUGAUUUACUAGCAACACAACCAGUUAGUGAAUCUAAAAACGAGCUCUUCCAAACGCUGCAACACUUGCAAUACAACGUGGCAGUAAUGCAUCAACAAAUAUUAGAUGUAACGCAGCAUUUGGAAGUGAUGGCGCAGUGUGGGGAAAAUAAUACCGAAGAUUUAAGGGCUAAAGUUAAUGCAGUGAGACAUCUGAGUAUCCUAAAUGAUGACAUAUCACCAGAAGCUAGAGUUACAGCUGCAGAAAAUAUUCAAGAGCUAGAGAAAUCCUUGGCAACAUUUUACGAAAUCGCCAUGUCUGAGCAAAAUCAACAAAUUCCUUCCGACUUUUAUGAAGUGGCUUCGGAAGUUUUGGACCAAAUCGAGGAUAUUAAGAGUAGCCCAGUUUUCAUCGAGAACCAACCAAUAACCAAGGAAGACGUAACUAGCAUAAAGAAUUUAGCUGAACCAUUAGUAAAAUUGGACAAGUUUAUGCAAGAUAUCAGAGACGAUCAAGAUUGCAGGAACCGAAUGUUCUCAUCCAUAAGAGACCCUCUCAUUGAAAUUAACGAAAUGCUGGAAAUAAUCCCGGACGAAUUAAAAAUUAAAUUGUUCACUCUAUACGGCCCGCUUAGAAAUUCCAUUGAAAUCAUAUCUUUGGAAAUUUUUAAUUUCGAUAUUAAAACUAGAGAUUUAGAAUGUUUAAUACCUAUAGCAGAAUUGUUGAAUAACCUGAAAUCGUCCAUACCGACUAGUAGUGUGGUGUAUGAAAUCUCCUCUAUUAUAGAAACACUAACACCUUUCGCUGGGGAACUUAUGGAAAAGUUGAAAGAAAUUAAGAAAGACAGCUUGAAGCAUAUCGUGUAUUCGUUAGCAGAAUUCAUUGGAAGCAUAAUUGAGUUGCACGAGCAUUUUAAAGAAGGCGAAUUUUCACAAGAAUCUCACGACACCAACGCGCACUUGGAAAACUUGAAGAAAAACAUUCUAAAAUUGAAAACCCUACCUCAAACAACCAGCCUCAAAAAUGUUAUAAAAGAAAUAGAAGGAGUUGUGGAGUUAUCAAAUAUUUUAUUUGAACGAAAUAUUAGAGAAACUAUCGUGCAAGCUGAAAAUAUAUUAGAGAUUUUAGAUGGGAUAAUACAUAAUAUAUCCCAAAAUAUAUUUACAAGGAAAGAUUUGGAUGCGUUGAGUCUUCUGAAUGAAAAUGUAGAAAAUUUCACAAUAACUUCAGAUAUCGAUAUAUUGUUUGCUGAAACUUUACGAGGUUUAAAUCUUGUCCUAAGUUUCCACAUUCAAGAAAAUCUUAUAGAAACAGCCUACAUUCGAUUGGAAUCGUUGGAGAACGCUCUAAAGUCUGUAACAGAAACUUCUUUGCAACAACCUUUAUUCUCAGCUUUAGAAAUGAUCCAGGAUAACGUUACUUAUUCGGAUCAAGCACAACAUAUAAUCGAUGUAACUACUAAUAUAGUGGAAACUUUCAAAAAUUCUGAGGAUCCCAACGAAACUUUGAUAAAACUUGAAGAUGAUUUUAGAGAAUUAGAUAAUCUCACUUCUACGACACAGUUCGAACCACUCGUAGAAGCCACACAGAAUAUAACGAAUAUCCUUCUCGUUGAAAUGCAUAAAAAAAUAUUAGUAAACAAAAUCAAUGAGUUAAGGAUACAAAUUGGCACGUUGGAAAAUUCUUCAAUUGGUGCUGUCCAAAGCAUAUUGCUUGAAAAUGCCAAUCAAAACUUAACCACUUUACUAAAAGCCCUACCUCAUAUUAACUGUUACAAUGCUGUAGAAGUUGCUUUUAUAACAGACAUUGUGAAAGAUAUAGAAGAUUUAAUCGAUUGUACAUCCAAAAAUCUCCAACAUGAUCAAAUAAUUGUCAUAGAAUUGGAUCAAAUUAUCGAGAACAUCAAAAAUAACCGAGAAACAGAUCCGGUUAUUACAGAACUAUUGGAAGAUUUGGUCAAAACUCUCAGGCAGUUGAAUGAAGAAAUUCUCGACCAAAAUCUAACCAAAGAAUGCGUUAAAAUAUUGAAAAACACCAUUCAAAUAGAAACAAACAUUUACAAGCCAAUUUUCGAACACACUGAAAUUUUGUUAAAAGAAAUCGAACUCGUUGUACCUGAAAUGGAGAAAAGUUUCGGAACAGAACAAUUAAGAGAAAAUUUGCUGAAUAUAAACCACUCACUAGAAAACCUGCUCAUAAAUAAUGGCAACAUUUUAGAUGAGUUCCAGUUGAAUUUAGAGAAAUUAAACCUAACAAUCGGAAAUAUCAUCCUACCCGAAGAUUUUAAAAUGGAAAUUUCAUCUAAAAUUGAAACUCUGAAAGCCGCUAUACCCAAAAUACAGUCCCUUAACCAAUCCAUACGGUUAAUACAAGAAAAUAUGGUUAAAAUGGACAAAUAUUCAAACAACCAAAUCAACCAAGAAUGUCAAGAAUUAAUCGAUAAAAUUUCCACAACACCAUUCAAAGGAGAAGAUAUGUACCAGUUAGAAAAAAUAGCUGGAAAUCUCCAACAGACCUUACAAGAUGAAAAUAUAGAAAGUCUGAAUUAUUUAGAAGAACAAGUGAAAUUAUCUACAGGCGUUAUUGAUGAAAAUAUCAUUAAACCUUUGAACAACAUUCUUAUUAUAUUAGGCGACAUUAUAAAAAACAAAACAAAAGUCCAGGAAGAAGGAAAUGCUGAUGUCAAAGAAGAACAACCCAAAGAAAUUGAAAUUGAAGAAGUAAAAGAUGAACAACCAGUUGAAAAGACAAUUGAAGUAUCACAAACUGAAAUUAACGUGAAAGAUAAAGAUGUAACUCAACAAAAUAUUCCAGAAACAGCAAAAAAAGAAAUUGAGCAAGCAUCGAUACAAACACAAGCAAUAAUUGAGCAAGAAGAAAGUAAAACUGUUACAGCAGUGGAUGAAGAAAACUUGAAAGAAUUGAUUGAGGAUAGCAAUAAACCAAUAAAGCAAGAAGAAGCAACUAUAACUGAAAUAAUUAAAGAAGAGAAAGCCACUGAAAGUGAACAAAUAGCUCAAACAUCUACAGAGAUUAUUAAAACCGAGGAUCAAGAAGAGAAAAAAGGAAUUAAAGAAGAUAUAGUGGAAAUAAAGAAAGAAUCAGACAUUGAAAUUACAGAACAGAGUACUUCUAAAACAUUUAACAAUUUAAAAUAUCUAAAACAAAUCAGGUUCAUUCUAGAAGGUGAUGAUCAAACAUGGAGCAAACCAUUACACGAAUUAUUAGAUACAAUAAUCACCCAAACCGAAAAAGUAGCGACUUCAGUAAAAGAAGAUAACCGUCAAGCCGCGGAAAAUACUUUAGAAUAUCUAAAUAUGUUUAUUAAAUCAGUCACUCAAUUUUUCAACAAUGAAAUAACCUACUCGGAAGUUCUCUCUGGAUUGAAUCGUUUAGCCUCCGACGUAGAGGCAGUAGAAAUGAUUUCGGAAUUCGAGAACAUAUAUGAAGCCAUCAAUGAAACUAUCGCAGUUGGGACGGAUAUGUUCGAAAUGAAGCACAUAAACGCGAUUAAAGAGUGCCUAGUUAACCAAUUGGAUAAUUUACAAAAAAUUUGCGAACUUCACCUAAGCCGAAAAACCAUCAAAAGCAACCUAUUGGAUAAUCUUUUCAAAGCGAUACCGAUGAUAUUGACCAACAUUUCAGAUAUGAGUCAAUUAAACGAGGACGAUUUGAACUUCAUAGAAAACGCUACUGUCAUGGUAUCGGAAAUUCGAAAUUACAUAAUAAUGGAAGCUCCCAACACCACCGAGCAAUACAUAAAAAUACUCUCCGAAUUUCCGCAACGAAACAAACUUCCCGCCACCGAGGGUUUGCUGAAGCAACUCCACGCGUUAAUCACCCAAAGUUUAGCUCUCUUGAAAGAAAUAAAGGAAAUUGAGAAAAUCCAAGAGGACGAUAAAAUUGAAAAUAUUCAGUUUAUUUCGCACCACAUGCAAAUGCUGAUGAGAAAAAUAGCAGCGAUUAAAUCCAAUAAUAUCGAUAAUGAUAAGGUCAUUUACCUGCAAAAAUGUUCGUACGCUUUGCAAACAGCUAUUUACGAUUUACUGGAGAAACCGUUGGGAGAAAUCGAUAAUGAUUUCUUGGCGAACGUCGGCAAAAUAUUCCAAGAAAUCGACUUGCUUAUCGAUGAAGCGCUAGGUAAUGAAACUUCGCCAGGAAUUAAUAAAAACCAAUCCAAAACCACGUAUUUAUCUGCCUUUGAAGACGCUUCAAAAACUAUUGAUAAACAGUCACCUCUAAUCGAUUUGUCACCUUUGUUUGCUAAUUUUAUCGAUAACUUAACGGCGAUAUUGAGACAACUGGAAGAAGCCCGCACAGAAAAUAUGAAGAAACAAGUCGCUGACGAAUUGUUUAAUAAAUUGGAAACCCAAGGCGUUAUUAAUACAACCGAAGUAUUUAAGACUUAUAAGGAAGCAUGUUUAUCUUAUCUUAAUGAUGAAGAAAUCCAAAUCCUCGUAGAAGCCGGUACUUCAUCCGAUUCUGCCUUAAGAGAAAAAGCACUGCAAACACAUUCUUCUGUAGGUCAAUUUAUUGUUAACAUAAUUGAUACUGUUAAUAAUCGUAAACUACAAGAACAAAAUCGCAAAGUUGCUGAAGAUAGUGUUAUUAUAUCCGAAGAUAUUAAAGAAAAAACUGAGGAAAUGAAAGAACCAAUCGAAGAAAAAACCGUUGACAAUCUAGGUUUAACUGAAACUAGGGAAGAACCUCAAGAAAUGAAAAUUGAUACCGAAAAAGAAGUUACAGGUCAGUUAAUUGAAGGUCCAGCAAAAGACCAGUUGCAAAUAUCUCCUGCUUCUGAACUAAAGGAAGGAGAAAAGGAAGAUAUUAUAGAGGCAACUGCGACUAGAGAAGACAGUAAGGAAAGUAAAGAAUUUAUAGAAAUUACCAGCGAAGGAGUAGAAAAGCCGAAAGAAGGUAAAGAAGGAGCUGCAGAAACUCAUGAACAAACCAAAGACAAGCCAGAAACUGAAUUAAUAGCAGAUGUUAAAAUCGAAGAUGCCCGUUUAAAAGAAAAUGAAGAUAAAACAGAACGCACAGAAAAAGGUUCUAAAAUAACAUGCGCUGAACCAAUUCAACAGCAACAGAUAGUUCAGUCGAUAAUUACUGAAGAAAGCGAAACUAAGAAUUCACAAUUAAUCCCCUAUUCUGAAGCAAUUACUAGUCAGGAAGCAAAGGAAGGUAAAGAAUUAGAUAAAAAACCUGAAGAAACAAAACCAGAAGAAAUAAAACCAGAAGAAAUAAAGCCAGAAGAAAGAAAACCAGAAGAAGUAAAACCAGAAGAAAUAAAACCAGGAGAAAUACUUGCAAAACCAGAACAUACCGCAGAAAAUAAAAAAGAAGAAAUUAAAGUUCAAGACACAACAGUAUCUGAAGUAACCACUGAACAACCUAUACAAACCUCUAUUGAAACAAUCCAACAAGUCGUAGAAAAACCAGUAAUAACUGAAUAUCAAAGCGAAGAAAUUGAUACAACUUCCGCCGAUAUACUCCAGCCAGAGAGCGAGAAUUUGGAGGCACUUGUUCCCCAAAUUGAACCUCUCCUGAACUCUUUGAGUCAACUCAGCGCCACUCUUUGCGACAUCGAAACCCAGCCGGUGCCGGAAUUGAAAAAACUCGCCUUGAGCGAUCUACAGAAAUCCUUGAAAUUCAUCGAAGAAACUGUAAGAAACAAAACGAGCGACAUAAGCAAAGACGUGGAGAAUUCCGCCCUGGCCGAAGCGAACAAUACUCUAAUUAUUCUCAACAACUUUAUCCUAUCGGCUCAAAACGAGGAGGAAUUCGUGGAAUCCUUGACGGCUGAGAAUGUUAAAGCUGCUAUUGAGGAACUACGUUUGAGUGUUGUUGUCAUCCCUAAGGAAUCGGAGGUUAAAACUGCUAUGGAGCAUUUGGAAGAAACCGUUAAAAACGUUAUAAAUCUAGUAGAGAAUAUUCCUUUGAAAACAGAAGUGAAAUUAAGAAUACUUUGUUACAUUGAGAAACUCACUGAAGUAGUCGAGAUAUUAAAAUCCGAUUCUACACCUGAACAGUCCGUAAUACUCACUAAAUUGGAAGAUUUGCUGAAGAGUAUCGAAGUUUCCUUAGGCGAUGUGAAAGUUACCAAUGACGUGGAGCAAACUAUAUUAGAAAUAAUUAAUAAUUGCUUGGAUGAGUUUAACGACGUGCUUCAGUUCCUUAAUAAAUACAGUAGAUUAACAGACGAAGAUGUUUUGAAAAGUCUAAGUAAUAAAAACCAGUUACUUAACAACGAAUUGGCGAUCUUACCUCGGGGCUCGCCCAUCGUGGUUCUCGGAGAAAUAAUAAUCUCCAUAGGACAGCAAAUCGUUUCUCUGCUAUCGUUGGAGAAAUCGUCCGCCUGCGCGCCGCUGCAGGAUUUCCAAAUGUCCAUUCAAAACCUGCAGGACUCUUUGAAUUCAGGUGAGUGCAAUUCAGAACGUAUUCCUCAAAAACACUUCCUAUCAGAAAUACGUAGGCCUUUGACCACUUUGCAUUUUAUCGGUGUUACCAUAUUGGAAGAUAAAAAACUAAACUUGUCCCCUAUUGAUAUUCAGCUUUUAGAAAUGGCUAAUUGCACUAUCGCAGAUCUUCGUAAGUUAGUUAAGGACAUCGAUUCGAUGCCUGUGCACGAUUUACAGGAAUACUCGGACAAAUUGAGAACGUUCACCGAAAGCAUUAACCAGGACUCGCAGCUGAAGGACUUUUCCGUGCCGCUCAGCGAUAUUUCGCGGUGUCUCGAAAAGUUCCUGGAUCAAAUCAGAAAGGAGAAAAUCGAAACGAUCGAUCUAGUUAGCGAUCGACUGGAGAAAGUUGCAGUCAAAUUCGGGACGUCCCAAUCGCAAGCCCUCAAGUCCACGGUAACUGAAAAACUCCAACGACCGAUACAAUCGAUAAAACGACGAAUCGCAAACAGUUCAAUAGAAAGUAUAUCGAACGAAGAAUUGAACAACUUCGUUAAAAUCGCCGAUGUUUUGUGCGAUUUGCGGUUGAAUAACGAAAACAUCAGAAACUUUGCGCAGUCUGUUAAUAACAUCCCUUUCCAGGAUGAAUCUGUAUUAAAUGAUUUACAAACUUUAACUGAGAACGUUGAUUUAGCUUAUUUAUUCGCCGAAGAAGAAGAUGCAACGAAUACCAUUGGUGAAGUUAAUACAAAUUUAACGAAUUUAAUCAAGUAUUUAGUACAAGUAAAAUACCAACCUGACGAUAGUAACAUAAAAUUGCUGUACAAUUUGAUGCAGCCCAUUGAGGAACUGCAAGCUGAAUUAGAAAAAUGCAGCAACAUUCAACCGUCUGAAGAAGAAGAAACUAUUUUGAGCUGCCUCAAUAAAUACUUCGUUCAAAUCUACAACAAAGACACCACUUCCAGUAAAAUAGAAGACUUUUUUGAUAUCCUCGAAUCGUUGCAAAAUAAACUGAUCAGCAUUUGCAUGAGAGCCGUAGUUAAACAGAACGACAAAGAAGAAAUACUCAAAGUGAUACUCAAUCCUUUAGAAAAAAUGUGCAAAGGUAUUAUUAAAAUUCAAAACGAGUUUUCUAAUUUGAAAGCUCUGGUCACUGCUCGACGCAAUAUCAAAGAUGUAUCCAAAAUUCUCUGCGAUGAAGAAACCUUACAAAGCCUGUCGAAACCGUUAAUUAGCAUAUCAAAUAAAGUACAAACCAUUAAUAAUUUAGCCACUAUCAAUGAGGAUUUAAUGGAAUUAAGCAGUAGUAUAUCAGUUUUGACCUCAGAAAAUGCCAAUAAUUUAGAUCUGGUGCGAGAAUUGAGUCAACUCCAACAAACUGCCGAUGAUAUUAUUAAAAAUCCUAAUGAAGAAAUGCUGAAGCAACUCCAAAAUCUUGUGACUGCUUUAAAACAAAUAGCCAAAACAAUUCGCUCUCCAAAACCAAGCGAUCAAGUAAAUCCAAGAAUGGUUUUGAAAGAAUCUAUAGAAGAAAUCAAACAAGAAAUUAGCAAUUUACAACAUUCAAUUAUAGAAGAAACUCCUCAACCGAGCAGUGCUCUAAUUUCUGCUCUAGAAUUGUACGAAACAAUCGUAACAGUUCAAGAGAGUUUGGAAAAAGUGAGCGAGUUACCUCUUGAAAAUAACGAAUUAGAGUGCCUUAUUAACAUUCAAAUAUAUUUGGAAAAAAUAGGGAUUGUACUUGUAACAAUAAAGAACUCAAUCCAGAAGCCGGUGUUGCAUACUGUGAGUACAGAAGCUCUAAACUCAGCUAAACAUUGCAUUAAAGAAGCUUUGACGUUUUUAGAGCAAUCUCAACAGCAAUCUGCAUUGAAGGUUGCACUAGAGAAACCUCUUGCAGCAAUGUUGCAGCAAACAGAAGACCUCUUCGAAUUAUCUGCCGUUCCAAUUGAAGACAGUUUAAACACUAUAGAAUCUAUUCUAACUGACGUGAAAUUUGUCGAUGAAAUUCAAGCUUUAGAAGAACCGUUGAAAUUUUUAUCCAAUAGCAUAAGAUAUUUAAUUCCCAGUAUUACAAAUGAAGAUUUUGCUGAAGAAUCUAUAAAGCAAAUUCUAACCAAACAAAACAUACUUUUAAUGGAGUUAAGAUCGCUUUUAACAAACCCCGAAGAAACUUCUAUAGGUUUAAUCGAUAAUUUACAAUUUUUGGAAACCAGUUGCAGCGAAAUUGUAGAUAUUUUUCAAAAUCAUCCCAAAUUAAAAGACUUGUGUGAACCUAAUAAAUUUUUAUCCACAACAAUAUCUCAUCUAUUAAGCAAAAUUAAAAAGCCUCAGCAAGGCGCAGAAAGCUCCAAUAAGGAAUUGGAAAAAUUGUCAGAAUUCUCUGAAAACUUAAUAAACCUUCGAACUGAAUUGGAAAUUCUAAACAUUCACCUUCAAGGCGCAACCAACAUCGAAGAAAGAAAGUUGCUGCUUCUGCUUACCGAAUUAAUCGGUCCUUUGUUUAAUUUAACCAGUCAAUUGGAAGGCGUAAAGGACCUGCAGAAUAUGCCAGGAGAUUUUCAUCGCCACAUCGAAGACGUCUCUAAUGUAUUGCAGAUACUUGUCAACGCCACGAAGAAAAAUAACGAAAAACUGAUGAUAUCAGAACACACUGAAAAAGAAAACCUAAAAAUAAAGCACAUUUUAACUAAACUUGCCAAUAGUCUAUCUAGCGUAUCAUCCAUUGAUACACCGUUUGCGACGGGAAUAAAACUGUUACAUGAUAAAAUCCAGUUUAUAAUUAAACAAACCGAGAUGGAGGAAACUGCAGAAAUUAAAGAAAACAAAAUCGAGAGAAAUGACACGAAAUUAACAAUACAAAUUCUUCAACCUCUAAAAUUAUUAUCAGAAGAAGUUGCCCAACUUAAAGGCAACGUUUCUUCCAUCACAGAUGCUUCACAGCAGGGUGUGUUAUCAGUAGUAGAAAUAUCAGAUUCAUUAAACCAGCUCGCUGAUGCAUUAGAAGACAGUGAGAAAACAUCAGAUGUUACCGUUGAUGAUAUCAAAGAAGAUGCAGUGGAAAAAUCUGUAAGAUUGAAAGAAGAUUUAGAAAAAUUGACUGCAGUAAUUGUAGAAGCAAAAGAAUGUAUGAACAAACCUGAAAUAUUAGAAAAUAAAAAGGAAGCAAUGAAAGCAGCUAUUCUAGCAGUUAGAGAGAAAGUAGAUAACAUUGUGAAUGAGACUAUACCAGAAUGUAAGAACCUUCUAAUUACAGAAGCUCCUUUAAAAUCAUUGGUAGCCAAAUUAGAUGAAGUAGCAGUCCAAUUAGAUAAUGUUGCGGUAAAGAAAGCAGAUGAAGAAAUAUCUGAAACUAAAGAAUCUAGACCAGAUAAGGAAUUAGUGAAACAAAUGCUCCAACCUUUACAACUGUUAUCACAAGAAGUGGCUCUACUCAAAGCCAAUGUUUCUGAUAAUAUUGUUCCCAAUAAACAGGGAGUUUUAUCAGUUAUGCAGUUAUCAGCACCAUUAGAGGAGCUCACGCAAAUAUUAGAUAAUAUCGAAAAAGCAACAGAUAUUCCAGUUGAAGAUAUCAAGCAAGAAAGUAUCGAGAAAUCCGCUAAAUUAAAGGAAAAUCUAGAAAAACUAACAACAGAAAUCGUGAAAACUAAUGAAAAUCUUAACAAACCCGAAAUACUUGAGAAACAAAAGGAAGAAAUGAAGAAAGCUCUUCUAGCAGUUAAGCAAGAAAUAGAACAAAUAUCACAAAACACCCUGCCCGAAUGUAAGAUGCUCCAAAUUUCAGACACGCCUUUAAAAUCUUUUUCCGCAAAAUUAGAAGAAAUAAUAACACAAUUAGAUGAAGUUCCUGCUGAUACACUAGAUACAAAAACAAGCGACAGUAAAGAAGAAAAGAAAGAAAUAACGCUAGUUAAACAACUCCUUCAGCCUUUACAAUUGCUAUCAGAAGAAGUUAAUUUACUAAAAGCCAACAUUUCUGCUGAAACUAAUGUUCCCCAAAAAGGCGUAUUUUCAAUAGCAGAGAUAUCAGCCUCAUUAAAUGACCUUACUCAAACAAUGGAAAGUUGUGAAGAAAUUACAUCUGAAAAUAUCAAGCCAGAGGCGAUUGAAAACGCUGCUAAAUUGCAGCAAGAAAUCGAGAAAUUGACCGCCGUCGUUGUAAAAACGAAUGAAAAUCUUACAAAGCCGGAAAUACUUCAGCAACAACAAGUGGAAAUGAAAAAAGCUAUUGAAGCAGUGAAACAAGAGAUGGUAAAUAGUUUACAAGAAAUUCUACCCGAAUGUAAGAUGCUUCAAACUUCAGAGGUUCCCUUAAAUGCUUUAGUAGCCAAAUUAACCGAAGUUGCAACGGAUUUAGAAGAAGUUCCUAUGGAACAAGUAGAUGAGAAAAUAUAUGAAAAUAAGGAAGAGAGAGCAGACACAAUGCUAGUCAAGCAAAUGCUCCAACCUUUAAAACUCUUAACCGAAGAAGUGACGUUACUCAAAGCUAAUAUUUCUACUAAAGAAGAAACUCCUCAACAAGGAGUGUUAUCAAUUGUAAAUAUAGCAGCUUCAUUAAUUGAUCUUGCCCAAGCAUUAGAAGAUGUCGAAAAUGUAACUGAUGCUUCAGUCGAAGAUAUCAAGCAAGACGCUUUUGAAAAAUCAGCUAAAUUGAAGGAAGAAUUAGAAAGGCUAAUAACAGUUGUUGUAAAAACGAACGAAACUCUUAAGAAACCCGAACUCCUCGAACUACAAAGAGGGGAAAUGCAGAAAGCUGUUCUAUCGGUUAAACAAGAAAUUACAACAAUUGUACAAGAAAUCCUACCCGAAUGUAAGAAACUUCAAGCUUCCGAAAAUCCUCUAGUAACUUUAAGUGCAAAAUUAGAGGAAGUAGCAGCACAACUGGAUGAAAUUCCUCCAGAGAAAGUAGCUCAAGAAAUAUCUGAAACCAAAGAAGAAAGGAAAGAUGUAAGCUUAGUGAAGCAAAUGCUGCAACCGUUGCAAAGGUUAUCGCAUGAAGUAACUUUGUUCAAAGCUAAUAUUUCCACUGAUACAAACCUCCCUACACAGGGAGUAUUAUCAGUACUGGAUAUGGAAGCUCCAUUGAAAGACCUUACUGAAUCAUUGGAAGAAAUCCAAAAGACAACAGAUGUUUCAUUCGAAGAUACCAAGCUAGAAACCAUAGAGAAAACUGCAAAAUUGAUGAAAGAAAUAGAAAAACUAAAGGCAGUAAUUGUAACAACGAAUCAAAGUUUAAACAAACCCGAAAUAAUAGAACAACAAAAAUGUGAAAUGAAAAACGCCAUUCUUGCAAUAAAACAAGAAUUAGUUAAGUGCUUGCAAGAAGUGCUACCUGAAUGCAAGAUGCUUCAAAUAUCCGAAACACCUUUAAAAACUUUAACUGCGAAAUUAGAGGAAGUAGCAGUAAAAUUAGAUGAAACUCCAGUUGCAGUAAAAACAGAUAAAGACGUUACUAAAAGGAAGGAAGAGAGAAAUGAUGCAAUAUUAGCUAAACAAAUGCUUCAGCCUUUACAAAUGCUAUCAGAAGAAGUAGCUUUGCUUAAAUCUAACAUUUCCACAGACACAAACGCUCCUAAGCAGGGUAUAUUAUCAAUUGUAGAAAUAUCAGCAUCAUUAAAUGAUCUUAAAGAAACGUUAGAAAAUUUCGAUAAGGCUACCGAUAUUUCAAUGGAAGAUGCCCAGAGGAGCACUAUCGAGAAAUCAACUAAAUUGAAAGAUGAAUUAGAAAGAUUAACAGCAGUGGUUGUUAAAACGAACGAAACUCUUAAAAAACCUGAACUGCUAGAACAACAAAGGGGAGAAAUGCAACAAGCUGUUUUAUCUGUCAAGCAAGAAGUAGUGAAGAUAGUUGAAGAAAUACUGCCAGAAUGCAAGACGCUUCAAAUUUCAGAAACUCCUCUCGUAUCUUUAGCAGCAAAAUUAGACGAAGUUGCUGCGCAAUUAAUUGAAAUUCCUCCGCCAGAAAUAGUUGAUAAAGAAAUUGAUGAGCCUAAAGACGAGGGAAAAGCCACUUCGCUAGUAAAACAAAUAAUUCAACCUUUGCAAAUGCUAUCGGAGAAAGUGUCUUUACUCAAAUCGAAUAUUUCAACAGACAUUGAACUCCCUCAGAAAGGCAUACUAUCAAUUGUAGAAAUAGAAACCUCAAUUAAUGACCUUACUCAAACACUAAAAGAUGUCGACACGACAGCAGAUACUUCAAUAAUUAGAGAUGACGAGAAAGAAGCAACUGAAAAAUCCGCUAAAAUGAAGGAAGAAAUAGAGAAACUGGCAGCCAUAAUUGUACAAACAAACGAAUGUCUCAAGAAACCUGAAUUGCUUGAGCAACAGAAAGUCGACAUGAAACAAGCAAUUCUUUCGGUUAAAGAAGAAGUAGAAAAAAUGGUUUUAGAAACUUUGCCCGAAUGUAAAAAGCUUCAAAUAUCAGAAACUCCUCUAAAAUCAUUGGCAGCAAAAUUAGAAGAACUAGCCUCACAAUUAGACGAAAACCUUAUUGAGAAACCAAAGGAAGAAAUCGCUAAAACUAAAGGAGAUAGAAAUGAUACAGUGCUACUAAAACAAAUGCUCCAGCCAUUACAAAUGUUAUCAGAAGAAGUAAACUUCCUCAAAGCUAACAUUUCCUCAAAGUCAGACGUUCCUCAACAUGCAGUAUUAUCAAUUGUAGAAAUAUCAACAUCUCUAAAAGACCUUGCUCAAACUUUAGAAGAUGCAGAGAAGGCAGCUGAUAUAACAGCUGAAGACAUCAAGCAUGAUACUGUUCAGAAAACUGCAAAAUUAAAGGAAGAAUUAGAAAUGUUAACAGCAGUGAUCGUGAAAACAAAUGAAAGCCUUACGAAACCAGAAAUACUUGAGAAACAAAAGGGGGAAAUGAAAAAAGCCGUUUUAGCGGUCAAGCAAGGAGUAGAGAAAAUUACAAAUGAAACAUUACCCGAAUGUAAAAAGCUACAAAUAUGUGAAAUUAGUCUAAAUUCUUUGGCCGCAAAAUUGGGUGAAGUAGCCGAGCAAUUAGAAGUGAAACCUAUAGAGAAGAAAGAUGCGGAAUUGAUUGAAAUUAAAGUAGAAAAAAAUGUUAAGAUGGUUGCUAAACAAAUGCUGCAACCUUUGCAACAUUUAUCAGAAGAAAUUAUUCUACUCAAAGCCAAUAUUUCUUUAAAUACUAACCUUCCUCAAAAAGGAGUAUUAUCCGUAAUAGAUAUCUUAGCUUCAUUAAAAGAGCUUUCUCAAACGAUAAAAGACUUGGAAAAUUCAAGCGACAUUACUGGUGAAGAAGUAAAACAAGAGACUUUGGAAAAAACCGCUAAAUUAAAGGAUGAGCUAUGUAAGCUCACAGCAGUGGUUGUAAAAACGAAUGAGUGUCUUAAUAAACCUGAAAUAAUGGAACAACAAAAGGGAGAAAUGAAGAAAGCAAUUUUAGCUGUUAUACAAGAAGCAGAAAAAGUGGCUCAAGAAACAUUAAAUGAAUCUAAAAGUCUUCAAAUUUUAGAAGCUCCUCUAAGUUUAUUAGCAGUCAAAUUAGAAGAAAUAAUAAAAGAAUUAGAUAAAACUUCUGAGGUGGCAGCAGAAAAAGAAAUACCAAUAAAGGCAGACACGACUGAAGAAGUACCAGCAGAAUUAGAAAAAGUGACUGAGACUUUGGAAAAAGCAAAAGAAGUAAAGAAAGACAACAAACUAUUAAAACAGAUGCUUCAACCUUUACAAAAGCUAGCUGAAGAAGUAGCUUUAUUGAAAGCCAAUAUUUCUACAGACAUAAACAUUCCUCAGCAAGGUGUUCUAUCAAUUACAGAAAUUUCAACUUCAUUGAACAGUUUUACUGAAACACUGGAUAAAAUUGGAAAGACAACUGAUGUUGCUGGUGAAGAAGUCAAACCAGAAACUAUGGAAAAAGCCGUUGAAUUGCAACAAAAGUUAGAUAAACUUACAGCAAUUGUUGUAAAAACUAAUGAAAGCCUUAAUAAACCAGAAGUGCUUGAACAGCAGAAAAAAGAAAUGAAAAAUGCUGUCCUUGCUGUUAAACAUGAAUUAGAAAAAAUUGUCCAAGAAGCCAAACCCGAUUGUCUUCAAAUAUCUGAAACGCCUCUCAACUCAUUAACAGCAACAUUAGAAGAAGUAGCGAUAAAGAUAGAUGAAGUGCCUGCAGAAGCAGUUGAAAAAGUAAUUUCCGAAAUAAAUGAAGAGAGGAAGGACACGAUAGUAGUAAAACAAAUGCUCCAACCUCUACAAAUAUUAUCUGAAGAAGUAUCAUUACUUAAAGCUAACAUUUCCACAGACAAACAAAUUCCUCAAAAGGGAGCACUUUCCAUAACAGAAAUAUCAGCUCCAUUAAAUGAGCUUACUCAAACUUUGGAGGAUAUAGAAAAGGCAGAGGCAGAUGUUUCGGUAGAAGACACCAAAGAAGGCGCUGUUGAAAAAACUGCCAAAUUUAAAGAAAAAGUAGAAAAGCUUACAUCAGUAAUCGUCAAAACCAACGAAUGUCUUAAGAAGCCCGAAACACUUGAACAACAAAAAGAAGAAAUGAAGAAUGCCAUUCUAGCCGUUAAAGAAGAAGUAGUGAAGAGUGUACAAGAAAUGCUACCCGAAUGCAAGAAGCUUCAAAUUUCAGAAACUCAUCUAAAAUCACUAGCAGCGAAGUUAGAUGAAAUAGUGAUCCAACUAGAUGAAGUUCCUGCUGAGAAAAAGGAUGAAAUAAUUACUGAAACUAAAGAGAGAAAUGACACGAUACUUGUUAAACAAAUACUCCAACCUUUACAAAUGUUAUCAGAAGAAGUAACUUUACUACAAACCAGCAUUUCAACCGAUACUGAUAUCCCUAAACAAGGGGUAUUAUUAGUAGCAGAAAUUGCUACUCCUGUACAUGCUCUUACUGAAACAUUGGAAAGUAUCAAUAAGACACAACAGAUCACAGAUGAAGAUGUUAAGUCGGAGGUCAUUGAAAAUACUUCUAAACUCCAUCAAGAAUUAAACACAUUGACAGCAGUGAUUGUAAAAACGAAUGAAAAUCUUAAAAAACCCGAAAUACUCGAACAGCAAAAAAGUGAAAUGAAGAAGGCUAUUCUAGCUGUUAAACAAGAAAUAGAAAUAAUUUCGCAAACAACUCUUCCCGAAUGUAAAGUACUUCAGACUUCAGAAGCUCCUCUAAGAUGCUUGGCUGCGAAAUUGGAACAAGUAAUACUUCAAUUAGAAGAAGCAACUAUCCAGAAAGGUGAUGAAGAAAUAGCCAGCGUGAAGGACGAGAGAAAUGAUACAAGAAUGGUUAAUCAAAUGCUCCAACCUUUGCAAACAUUAUCGAACCAAUUAAAUCUUCUAAAAGCCAAUAUUUCUACCAACAAAAACGUUCCCAGUCAAGGAGUAUUAUCGAUUAUUGAAAUAUCACCUCCAAUAAAUGACCUUACAAAAACUUUAGAAAAUAUUGACAACAAAGUUGAUGUUUCAGUGGAAGACAGUAAACAAGAGAAUAUUCAAUCAGUUAUUCAAUUAAAAGAAGAUUUAGAAAAAUUAACAGCUGUGAUUGUGAAUACCAAUGCAACUCUUGAAAAACCUGAAAUACUUGAAAUCCAAAAAGAAUCUAUGAAAAACGCUGUUCUUGCAGUUAAACGAAGUGUAGAGAAAAUUAGUCAAGAAACUCUUCCGGAAUGUAAGAGACUACAAAUCUCAGAAAGUCCUCUAAAAUCAUUGAGUGCAAAAUUAGAAGAAGUAGCAACGCAAUUAAACGAAGUUCCUUCUCAAAAACUAGAUGAAGAAGUUGCUGAAACUUCAGAGGUCAGAAAAGACAAGACCUUAAUAACCCAAAUACUUCAACCUUUACAAUUAUUAUCCAACGAAGUAGCUCUGCUCAAAGCCUCAAUCUCAGUAAAUACCGAUGUCCCUCAGCAGGGAGUUUUAUCAGUAGUAGAAAUAUCAGAUUCAUUAAACGAAGUUACACAAACAUUAGAAGAUAUCGUGGAAACGAGUGUUACUGCCGAAGAUGCUACAGCAGCACAAGAUUCUAGAGCAACUGCAGCAUUAAAAGAAAAACUAGAAAAACUAACAGCGGUUAUUAAGAAAGCGCAUGAAAACUUUAAGAAACCCGAAAUAAUUGAACUACAAAAAGGAGAAAUGAAACACGCCAUUCUGGCUGUUAAAUGUGCAAUAGAAAAAGUUGCACAAGUGACGCUACCGGAAUGUAAGAAGCUUCAAGUGUCUGAAAUUUCUCUUAAAACUCUAGCAGCAAAAUUAGAGGAAGUUGCAACACAAUUAGAAGAAGUUCCCGCAGAAGUACAUGAAAAAAUGGAAGAAAGAAAUGACAAGAAAGUAAUUAAGCAAUUGCUUCAGCCUUUACAACUCUUAUCAGAAGAAGUUGAUUCACUAAAAACUAAUAUUUCCACAAAUAUUGAUAUUCCUCAACAAGGAGUGUUAUCAGUUAUUGAAAUCUCAGCUUCAGUUAAUGGGCUUUCUCAAUCAUUAGAAGAAAUCGCUAAAGUAAUUGAUGCUAAUGGUGAAGAUGCUAAACAAGAAACAGUUGAAAAAUCGGUGAAGUUAAAGGAAAAUCUAGAAAAACUAACGGCAGUAAUUGUAAAAACGAACGAAAGUAUUAAAAAUCCUGAAAUACUUGAACAACAAAAAGCAGAAAUGAAGAAAGCUAUUCUUGCUGUUAAACUCGAACUGGAGACAAUGACACAACAAACGCUGCCUGAAUGCAAGGUGCUUCAAGUUUCAGAGACCCCUAUAAAAACCCUAGCAGGAAAAUUAGAAGAAGUAGUUGCAGAAUUAGAUAAGAUUCAUGAAGAUGAAGCCGAAAAAGAAAUUCCUGCAGCACAAUUAGCAAAAGAAAUUUUAACAUUGAAAGAAGAUAGAAAAGAUACAGCCGUUGUAAAGCAAAUACUACAACCUUUGCAACUGUUGUCUGAGGAAAUAACUCUACUCAAAUUCAAUGUAUCUACUAACUCUGAUAUUCCUCAACAGGGAGUCUUAUCAGUAGUAGAAAUAUCAGCUUCACUAAAUGACCUUACACAAACAUUAGAAGAAAUCGAUAACACAGCAGACUUAACAGUAGAAGAUGCCAAGGAAGAGUCCAUCGAGAAAGCAGCUAAAUUAAAGGAAGAACUAGAAAGCUUAACAGCAGUAAUCGUAAAAACUAACGAGAGCCUUAAUAAACCAAAAAUUCUUGAACAACAGAAAGCAAAUUUGAUCAAAGCAGUUUUGGCUGUCAAGCAAGAAAUCGAAAAUAAUGUUCAAUUUACACUGCCCGAUUGCCAGAAGCUUCAAAUUUCUGAAACUCCUCUUAAAACGUUAGCAUCCAAAUUAGGUGAAGUUGCAGCACAAAUAGAUGAGGUGAAAGUAGACGAAGAUAUUUGCGAAGCUAAAGAAGAUUUGAAAGACACGUUACUAGUGAAGCAAAUGCUGCAACCUCUGCAACUCUUGUCAGCACAAGUAGCUACACUUAAGGCCAACAUUUCUACUAAUACUGAAGUUCCUAAACAAGGAGUUCUUUCAGUCGCUGAAAUAUCAGAUUCUUUGAAAGAUCUUACUAAAACAUUAGAAGAAAUUGAAACAACAGCUGAUAUUUCAGCACAAGAAAAUAUUCAGGUUGCAGAACACCUGAGAGAAGAACUAGAAAAACUGACAGCAGUAAUAGUAAAUACGAAUGACAAUCUUCAAAAGCCUAAAAUACUAGAAGAACAAAAACAAGAAAUGAAGAAAGCUAUUUUAUCCGUUAAACAAGAAGUAGAAAAAAUCGUCCAAGAGACACUACCCGAUUGCAAGAAGCUUCAAGUAUCAGAAUCUCCUCUAAGAUCAUUAGUAGCUAAACUAGAUGAAGUAGCAAUACAAUUAGAAGGUGUGGAUGAAAAUAAUAAAGAAGCACAAGAGAGGAUAGACACGAAACUAAUCAGACAGAUUCUUCAACCUCUACAAAUGUUAUCUGAAGAAGUCGCUUUACUGAAAUCCAACAUUCAUACAAACACCGACGUUCCUCAGCAGGGAACACUUUCAAUUAUAGAAAUAUUUCCUUCUUUGGCCACCCUUACCCAAACAUUAGAAGAAAUAGCAAUAACUUCUGAUGUUACUAUCGAAGAUGCUAAGCCAGAAACCGUAAACAAAACUGUAAAAUUGCAUAAGGAAUUAGAAAAAUUGGUAGCAGUAAUCGUAAAAACCAACGAAAGCAUUAAGAAACCAGAAAUAAUCAACCAGCUAAAAGGAGACAUGAAGAACGCCGUGCUUGCUGUUAAGCAAGAAAUUGAAAAUGUCGUUCAAGAAACGCUUCCAGAAUGUAAGAAGCUUCAAAUCUCAGAGAACCCGCUAAAAUCAUGGGCAACACAAUUGGAAGAAGUAGCAACGCGAUUAGAAGAGGUUUCUGCAGAAGACAGAAAGGACACCUUGCUAAUUAAACAGAUGCUCCAGCCUCUGAAACUCUUAUCAGAAGAAAUUAACCUGCUCAAAGCAAAAAUAACCACCGACACAAACGUUCCUCAACAUGGCGUACUAUCAGUUAUAGAAGUGUCAGAUUCCUUAAACAACCUUAACGAAUCAUUGGAAGACAUCGAGAAGAAAACUGAUGUAACCACUGAAGAUGCUAAACAAGAGGCGGUUGAAAAGACAGUUAAAUUCAAGAAAGAGUUAGAAAAACUAACUUUGGAAAUCGUAGAGUUGAACGAAAACCUUCUAAAGCCGGAAAUCAUCGAUAAACGCAAAGAUCAAGUAAGAAACGCGAUUUUAGCUGUGAAAGAACAAGUGGAACGAAUGGUUUUAGAAAUCGUUCCAGAAUGUAAGAGGCUCCAAAUAUCCGAGGUUCCUCUGGUGAUCUUCUCCGCUAAACUAGAUGAAAUAGCUGGAGAUAUGGCGCAUACGCCUCCAACACUACCUAAGGAUAUUGUAGAUAGUGUUUGUAAUUCAUUCAAUAAAAUGAAAUAUCGACUCCAGGAUGCUAAGAACGUACCUUGCUUAAUAAACGCAGCUUUCCAGGAUUUAUCCAGCAUAUCCAACACGCUGUCUGUUUUGGAAAAUAAAUUAAAAUCCGAAAUUCCAAGUCUUGUAGAUGAGAGUUUGGUGGAACAUCUCUUACAUUUAUCAGGAUUGUUUGAAGAUUUGGACAAAUCACUGGAACUUGUACUAACUGUUCCUCUCGAAUCAUGCGUUCAGAAUGUAAUAGCAUCUACUGUCUCAACAAACACCAAUUUAACAAGAAUUAAUAUCUUGCUCAGCAAUUACUAUUCAAACGCUAUUACAGCACCAUUAGAGUUCGUCGGGUUGAAGAUUAAUGCGUUUUUGGAGAAUUUGCAAGGUGUUCCGAAAACUCUAUCUAAAAUCAACUCCGCCAAAAUCGAAAUUUGCAGAUUGCUCGAUUUCUACAAAGCCAUCCACUUCGAUGGGAAGGUGAAAGAUGCAGAUUUGAAAGAAUUUUCCGGCAUACACGAAAGCCUAUUCGGGAUAAUUGAACUCAUCAACAGCAACUCAUUAGAUUCUCCAGCAGUGGAAACUCUGGAGAAGAUUGCAGAAUGUUUGAAUACCAUUUCUAAAGAAAGCGAAGCUACUAAGAUUUUAAGCAAGCUGAAAUCUUCGAAAGAAAACCUCGAACAGGAAGUUACUAACAUAAAAGUUACUGGCCUACUCACCGAAACUGAGAAAUUGAUUAAAAAGUUAAUUAAAUACUCGAUGGCAAUCGAGGAUAGAUUGAACAACAGACAAGACAUCGAAACCAUUAAGCUUCUGAAAAUGCCCGUAUCACAAUUAGCCGAAGAGCUUCAAAUGUUGAACAAGAAGCUUUCAAAAUCGGCCAAGUACAUCACGCCUUUGAAAAAAAUGCGAGAAGCUGCAAACAGCUUCAACGAUAACUUAAUUCUGAUCGAAAAGUCCACCGUUAGCGAGAUUCCGAAUAUUCCAGCACCUUUACUGGCUGAAUUGGAGAAUCUGGUUUCACCUUUGGAGGAAUUGCUGAUAGAAUUCGUCAAACUCAAUUCUGCAGCAGAUAAACCGCAAGCUAAUGCGCUCGAAUCGUUACAAAAAACCUUCAAGAAAGUUGCAAGUAAAAUAGAAAUCCUGCAAGAAAUACUGAAAACUAAUGAUGCUUACGAUACUGUUUUAUUAAAACCUUUGACGAACAUUAAGCAGGCUCUUGAAGAUUUCGAAGCUAAGAUUACGCAAGAAGUAAUAGCUGAAAGGGAAGAAAAGCUAUCGAAGCACUUAGAACCUCUCAUGAAUGUUAACAAAGCUGUUGAUAAUCUUAAAGAAGAUAUUGGACUCAUGUCCAAACCUCUUGAUUUGUUAACGACAAUUACAACAAUCAAGAGUCCUGCAGAGAAGAUUAUUAAUGAAAUUAAAUCCGCCGAUCUUGAUGCUGACUUAGAUGCAUUAUUAACCAACAUGCAGGAGCCAACUAAUUCGUUGGCUAAGCUAAUUAAUAAUGUCAAUAGCAUAAUGACCGAUGGGGAUAUUUUGCAAAUAGAAUUACCCACAAUCUCGGAAACUCUAAAGGGGAUUAUAGGCAAUUUGAUGCAACCAGAACUUCUAAAGAAACAUAAACUGGAUGAAAUUAUGCAAGAGUUUAUAAAUGUUUUAGAGACAAUUAUUGAAGAAACUAACAAAGAAAGACAAGAUUAUAAAGUACUGACUGCUGUAAUUUCUUCUGGGAAUAAUUUAAACCAAUCAAUAACCAGUUUACCUGAGAAUGUACUUCUUCAAGCUCUAGCAAAACUUCCAGAAUCUCUGAAUCUUCUUAAAAGCAAUUUCCAACUCGCUAGAGAAAUUGUGUACAGCAACGACUUCCCUAGACCCUAUUCUGAGGAAUUAAAUAAUCUCGGGGACGCUUUUGCUAGCCUGACUUUGUUGCUAGAAGACGUGAAGGAUAAUCCAGAAACUGUGAAAUACGAUACAGAGAUAAAACUGCUGCUAAUGAGCUCGAAAUCGCCAUUGGAAAAGCUUUGCUCAGCGUUGGUUCUUAACGAGAAAAUGGAAAUAUUAUCACAAACUUUCAACAUGUUUCUUCGAGAUUUGAUUGAAGUAGAAAAGGAAAUUGAUAAGCAAAUUUUGAAACGAAGAAACGACUACUUGUUUGCAGAAGCCCUGCAAAAAUCCGUUGUUGAAUUUAAAACUGGCAUAGUAAAAGAAGGAAACAAAUUAAAUAUUUUGGUAAACAGUUUGAGCAUUCUUCAAGAAACUCUGAACGAUCAAAUGAAAUUGAUAGAUAUCACUAAAGAAGAUUUACCUCAAACUCUAACUAACUCGAUUAAAUUGAGUGAAAUAAUCGAUAAUUGCAGAGAAAAUAUACCAAAGGACACACAAUUAGUAUAUUAUCUUGACGAAUUGAAAAGAAGCAUGGAAAUAACUAUUGAAACUACAAAUUCUUACGAAUUUUUAAAACCAAUAAACUCUGCUCUGGCUAUUUUACUUGAUGACAUAAAAAUGAUUUUAAAAGAAUUUGUGAAGGAAGCUGUUGAUGAACUACAAAUUGAAGAAGAAAUGGAAGAGGAGCCAAAGGCAGAAGAAAAGAAAGAGGAAGUACAGAGCGAAGAAGCAAAUAAUGAAGAGAAAAUAUUAGAGGAGUUAGAACGGAGUAAAGAAAAAGAUGAAGAAAUAGAGAAAAGAAAUAAAGAAAUUGAAGAAGUAGAAAAAAAGACGACAGAAGAAGCUAAGGAGCUAGAAAGGCAAAAGGAAGAAACUGAAGAAGAUAAAAGUAGAAAAGAGGCCGAAGAAAAUGAUCAGAAAAUAAAAGAAGCUGAGGAGGUUGAAAAGGAAAAGAACGAAGCAAAAGAAGAAGUAAGGAAACAAGAACUAGAAGAGGCCGAAAAGAAGAAAAUAAAUGAUAAGGAAGCAGAAACGAAAAAGAAAAAGACUGAACAAGAGAUGAUUAAAACAGAGGCCGAAGAGAAAGAAUUAAAAAUUCAAGAAGCUGCGGAAAAUGAAACUCGACAAAGGGAAACUGAAGAGGCCGAAAAGAAAAAGACGGAAACAAUAAAAGAAGAAGAAAGAAAACUAGAAUUAGAUGAUGCAGAGAAGAAAAAGAAUGAGGCCAAGGAAGCAGAAAUGAAGAACAAAAAGACCGAGGAAGAUAAUAUUAAAAAAGAGGCUGAAGAAAAGGAACUGAAACUGAAAGAGACGGAGGAAGCAGAGGAAGAAAAAAGAAAACAAGAGAAGGAAGCAGAAGAAGAUAAAAUCAUACGGGAAUUAGAAGAAGCCGAAAUGAAAAAGAGAGAGGCUUUAGAAGCAGAAAUGAAAAAGAAGGAAGAGGAAGAAGAGAAGAACAAUAAACGAGAUUUAGAAGAAGCUGAGAUUAAAAAGAAAGAGGCUAUAGAAGCCGAAAAGAAAGAGAAAGAGACUUUAGAAGAAGAAAAGAAAAAGAAGGAAGCAGGAGAGGAAGAAAAGAAAAAACAAGAAUUAGAAGCAGCUAAGAAAACGAAAGAGGCCAAAAAAGUAGAAAAGAAAAAGAAAGAAGCGGAAGAAAAGGAAAAGAAAAAACAGGAAUUAGAAGAAGCCGAGAAGAAAGAGAAUUUAGAAGCAGAAAAGAGAAAGAAGGAAGCAGAAGAAGAAGAAAAGAAAAAACGAGAAUUAGAAGAGGCUGAGAUUAAAAAGAAAAAGAAAGAAGCGGAAGAAAAGGAAAAGAAAAAACAGAAAUUAGAAGAAGCCGAGAAGAAAGAGGAAGAAGCUUUGGAAAAAGAAAGGAAAGAGAAGGAAGCAGAAGUUGAGGAGAAGAGAAAACAAGAAUUAGAAGAAGCCGAAAAGAAAAAGAAAGAGGCUUUAGAAGAAGAAAAGAAAAAGAAGAAAGCAGAAGAGGAGGAAAAGAAAAAACAAGAAUUAGAAACGGCUAAGAAGAAGAAAGAGGCCAAGGAAGCAAAGAAAAAAGCGGAAGAAGAGGAGAAGAAAAAACACGAAUUAGAAGAAGCCGAGAAGAAAAAGAAAGAGGCUCUAGAAGCAGAAAAGAAAAAGAAGGACGUUGAAGAAGAGGAGAAGAAAAAACGAGAAUUAGAAGAGGCUGACAUUAAAGAGAAAGAGGCUAUAGAAGCCGAGAUUAAAAAGAAAGAGGCUGUAAAAGCCGAAAAGAAAAAGAAGGAGGCUGUAGAAGAAGAAAUGAAAAAGAAGGAAGCAGAAGAGGAGGAAAAGAAAAAACAAGAAUUAGAAACAGCUGAAAAGAAGAAAGAGGCCAAAGAAGCAGAAAAGAAAAAGAAAGAAGCGGAAGAAGAAGAGAAGAAAAAACGAGAAUUAGAAGCUGAAAUGAAAAAGAAAGAGUCUAUAGAAGCGGAGAUUAAAAAGGAAGAAGCUAUAGAAGCCGAAAAGAAAAUGAAAGAUAUUUUAGAAGAAGAAAGGAAAAAGAAGGAAGCAGAAGUUGAGGAGAAGAGAAAACAAGAAUUAGAAGAGGCUGAGAAGAAAAAGAAAGAGGCUUUAGAAGCAGAAAUGAAGAAGAAGGAAGCGGAAGAAGAGGAGAAGAGAAAACAAGAAUUAGUAGAGGCUGAGAAGAAAAAUAAAGAGGCUUUAGAAGCAGAAAAGAAGAAGAAGAAGGAAGCGGAAGAAGAGGAGAAGAAAAAGAAAGAAGCAAUUGAAGAAGAAAUAAAAAAGAAGGAAGCAGAAGAAGAGGAGAAGAGAAAACAAGAAUUAAAAGAAGCUGAGAUUAAAAAGAAAGAGACUAUAGAAGCCGAGAAGAAAAAGAAAGAUGCUUUAGAAGAAGAAAGGAAAAAGAGGGAAGCAGAAGUUGAAGAGAAAAGAAAAGAAUUACAAGAAGCUGAGAAGAAAAAGAAAGAGGCUUUAGAAGCAGAAAAGAAAAAGAAGGAAGCGGAAGAAGAGGAGAAGAGAAAACAAGAAUUAGAAGAAGCUGAGAAGAAAAAGAAAGAAGCCAAAGAAGCAGAAAAGAAAAAGAAGGAAGGUGAAGAAGAGGAGAAGAAAAAACGAGAAUUAAAAGAAGCUGAGAUGAAGAAGAAAGAGGCUAUAGAAGCAGAGAAGAAAAAGAAAGAGGCUUUAGAAGAAGAAAAGAAAAAGAAGGAAGCAGAAGAGGAGGAAAAGAGAAAACAAGAAUUAGAAAAAGCUGAGACGAAAAAGAAAGAGGCUUUAGAAGCCGAAAAGAAAAAGAAGGAGGUCAAAGAAGCAGAAAAGAAAAAGAAGGAAGCGGAAGAAGAUGAGAAGAAAAAACGAGAAUUAAAAGAAGCUGAGAUGAAGAAAAAAGAUGCUAUAGAAGCAGAGAAGAGAAAGAAAGAGGCUUUAGAAGAAGAAAAGAAAAAGAAAGAAGCUUUAGAAGAAGAAAAGAAAAAUAAGGAAGUGGAAGAAGCUGAGAAGAAAAAACAAGAAUUAGAAGAAGCUAAGAAGAAAAAGAAGGAGGCCAAAGAAGCAGAAAAGAAAAAGAAAGAAGCAGAAGAGCAGGAAAAGAAGAAGAAGGAAGCGGAAGAAGAGGAGAAGAAAAAACAAGAAUUAAAAGAAGCUGAGAUGAGGAAGAAAGAGGCUAUAGAAGCAGAGAAGAAAAAGAAAGAGGCUUUAGAAGAAGAAAAGAAAAAGAAGGAAGCAGAAGAGGAGGAAAAGAGAAAACAAGAAUUAGAAAAAGCUGAGACGAAAAAGAAAGAGGCUUUAGAAGCAGAAAAGAAAAAGAAGGAGGUCGAAGAAGCAGAAAAGAAAAAGAAGGAAGCGGAAGAAGAUGAGAAGAAAAAACGAGAAUUAAAAGAAGCUGAGAUGAAGAAGAAAGAUGCUAUAGAAGCAGAGAAGAGAAAGAAAGAGGCUUUAGAAGAAGAAAAGAAAAAGAAGGAAGCAGAAGAAGAGGAGAAGAGAAAACAAGAAUUAGAAGAAGCUGAGAAGAAAAAGAAAGAGGCUUUAGAAGCAGAAAAGAAAAAGAAGGAGGCCAAAGAAGCAGAAAAGAAAAAGAAGGAAGGGGAAGAAGAGGAGAAGAAAAACCGAGAAUUAAAAGAAGCUGAGAUGAAGAAGAAAGAGGCUAUAGAAACAGAAAAGAAAAAGAAAGAAGCGGAAGAAGAGAAGAAAAAACGGGAAUUGGAAGAAGAUGAAGCCGAGAAGAAAAAGAAAGAAACAGAAAAGAAAAAUAAGGAAGCGGAAAAAGAGAAAAAGAAAAAUCAAGAAUCAGAAGAAGCCAAGAAGAAGACGAAAGUGGCCAAUGAAGCAGAAAAGACAAAGAUUGUGGGCGAUAAAAUUAUAAGAGAAACCGAAGAAAAAGAAAAGAAAACGAAAGAGGCAGAAAAUGAACUAAGCGAAAUUGCAGAAAAAUCAUCCGUAUCUAAAAAGAAAAAAGUUGACGGUAAAGACAAAAUUAAAAAAGAUGGCAUGGAAAUUGAAGACAAAAAACGAAAUGCCAUUGAGGAGGAAGAUAUAACGGGAACAACUGAUUCUGCAGUUGAAAAAAGAAAGGAAACUGUUAAAAAAAUUAAAACGAAGAAAAAGGAAACUGAUGAAAUAAGUAAAAACAAGAAUGAUAUGGAAACAACAGAAACGGGUCUCAUAAUCGCACCAGACAAACCAAUUAAGAGAAUCGAAAAAGAUGAAGAUGAAGAUAAUUUCGAAAUUGACACAAAAAAGAAACGCACUCAAGACGAUAUAAUUCAAUCAAAAUUAGAAAAGAAACAUGCAACAAAAGAACAUCGUAAACUAAAAGAAUACACAGACAUAAAAGAAACUAAAAUAAAGCAACACGAAGAUUUAUCAAUUUCGUCAAGACCAGUUCACGAAGAAACCGAUUAUCAAACAAUUAAAAAACCACCUUAUGAAGUGAAAUCCAAAAUCACAGACACUACUCGAGCAGUAACCGACAAUCUAGACAGCUACAAACCAACCCAUUACCAAGGCGCCACCUACAUUGGCAGAAAACCAUUCUUCACAACCGGUUUGAGAAACACCUCAACAACCAUCGGCCAAACCACCCAGUUAUCCUGCAAUUUAGUACCAGACGAAAACACGCGCGUAAUCUGGCUCAAAAACGACCAACCCCUAGAAGACAGCCCCAAACGAAGAACCACCUUCACCAACAACACAGCAACCCUGGAAUUAACCGACGUUACCACAACAGACAGCGGAGAGUACUCUUGCAUAGCCAAAAAUAACCACGGCGAGUCGGUGAGCUUCGCCUACUUGGAAAUCACAGACGAACCAGAACCAUCUCCCCAACCACCGCCAGCAUUCACCAGGACCAUUACAGACCACUACAAGGUAUCCAGCGACGAAAUGAACCUGGAAUGCAGGAUCAGGAGCGCCCGCAGGCCCGACGUGCGUUGGUACAAAGACGGUCGCGAGCUGUCCCCCUCUUCGAGGUACUCGCAGAGCUACCUCUCCGACGGCGUUUGCCGACUAACCAUCGCGAAGCCGGAGCGAUCGGACAGCGGCCGCUACUCCUGCCGAUUGGACGACGGCCUGUGGAGCGACCAGCUCUCCUACGACUUCAAAUUCGACGGCAAGCGGGAGUACAUUCGCCGCAAGGCGUUCCGAGACAGCUCGGCCAGAACGACGCGCCCGUACUUCCCGGCCAUCAUGACCGACAGCUACGUCCCGACGGGCGGCACCAUGGCCUUGCAAGUGGAGGUCAAAGGCAGCCCCUUGAACGUGUUUUGGUACAGGGAGAGCCUGAGACUGGCCGGCUCGUCGACGAGGCACACCAUCUUCAGCGAGAGGAACGUGCACACGUUGCUCAUUCCGAACGUGAACGAGUACGAGGCCGGGAAGUACGUCUGCAGGGCCGUUUAUCACCAGGGUAGCACGGAAACGUCUGCGUACGUUCAGGUGGUGCCGGCGUGCACGCCGCACGGGAAGCCCGCCAUGUUCUUGUCCAGGCCGGAUAAAAUUCUCAGUUUGCGCGAAGGCGACGACAUCGUCGUCUCGUUUCGAGUUACCGGCGAUCCUAAGCCUACAGUUACGUGGAUGAAGGGGCUUAGAGAUAUCACGACUGCGAUGAGAUCGUAUAAAGAGAAAUCCGACGAUUACAUGCGAUUGACGUUAAAACGAAUAACGGCAGACGAUGCGGGAACUUACUGUAUUUUGGCCAAAAAUCGUUACGGUUGCGAUAGGGCCUUUUUCACCGUUCGCUUAAGAGAUAGAGCAAGAUCCUUAACACCUGUCCGAAACCAGUACGGUGUCGAUGCGCAUUCUUAUCACGAAAUGUACAGAGAAACCGAUGUACCGCAACCGAUCUCCAGCCCGCCCGUUGUCAUCGAAACCGGCAGAAACUGGCUGUGCCUCUCCUGGGGCAAGCCGGAGCAGACAUCGGCCGCUCCGGUGCUCGCUUAUCGCGUCGAAAUGUGGACCAGAGGCGCCGAGGGGGCCCGUUGGACCGAAAUCGGCGUGACGCCCUUGAGCAGCUUCGACGUUUUCAAUUUGAAGCCCGACACCGAGUACCAGUUCAGGGUGACGCCGAGGAACCGGUACGGAUGGGGCGAGAGCGUGCAAGGCGACGUCACGACCCUCGGCAAGCCCACCAGUUUGCCGGAAUUCGUCAAAAUACUGCCCGGCCAGUGCAAGGUUUUAUUGGGAUCUGAUGUCACCUUAGAGUGUGAGGUGCAAGGGGAACCAAUACCUUCUGUACGCUGGAUCAAAGAUUCGCAGGAAAUAUUCCCAGGAUACGAUAGUCGUUACGAUAUAUCCCAACGAGGAAGCAUAUGCUUGCUGAAGAUAGCCAAUGUCCAAAGUUCCGAUUCCGGACGUUUCGUAUGUGAUGCCUCGAACAAAGCCGGACGAGUGUCAACUUUUGCCAGGCUCUCGGUGGUUAGCGAUCCCAAGCUCUUGUCUGCAGAGAGCAGGCUUCGAAUGGGUGUGACCGAUUACAACAACAUUGACCAGCUGCCACCCCAAUUUUCCAUGAGACUCAGAGACAGGCGAGUUGAAAUAGCGUAUCCAGUCCGAUUAACUUGCCAGAUUGUUGGGCUUCCGGCACCUCAAGUCAGCUGGUACAAAGACGGAAUCCAGAUUACUGCCGACGAUCGUCAUACAUUCUUUACUGACGAUAACUUCCACACUUUGGAGAUAACCAAGAGCCAUCUGGACGAUUCCGGCGCUUACAGUAUAACUGCUGAAAACCCGCACGGUUCAGUAUCGUGCAGGUGCAAUUUAGUCGUGGAUAAAGGAAUUAAAGACUACAUAUCGCCGGUUUUCCUCAACUAUUUAAAUCCAUCAGAAGCGACAAUUAAAGAAGGCUCCGAAUUGCGAUUGAAAGGAAGAAUCGAAGGUUAUCCCGGCGUGGGGCUGGCUUGGUUUAAAGAUGGAGUUAAAUUGAGACCAUCGCGACGUUUCGUCAUGACUCUAUCGUACGAUGGCAACUUAGAGCUAUCUAUUGGAAACGUUGUUAAAAAAGAUUCUGGGCUCUAUACCUGCGUUGUAAACAACGAAGUGGGUAGAGCUCAAAGCACAGCUAGAGUUGAAGUUGUUAACAAAUCCGCCACUGUUGAUGGAAGAAAUGGCGCUGCUAGCAGUGACGCUUUGUACUCCAAAGAACCGAAAUUUUUGAAGAAACCGCUAUCGUCGGAAGCCUUUGAAGGCGAUAAUGUUGUCAUUUUGUGCGAAGUGGUCGGAGAUCCAAAACCAGAAGUUUUAUGGUUACGAGAUUUCCUGAAGGCUGAUUACUACAGAGAUGCGGCACAUUUUCAUCGAAUUGAAGAUGGGCCCCAAUACCGGUUAGAAAUACCUAAUGCUAAGUUGGAUUAUACCGGAACUUACACAAUUUUAGCCAAAAAUUGUCAUGGUGAAGCUAAAGCUAUCAUAUCGUUGCAAAUAAAAGUUAAAGUCCCCAAGCCAGUGAAAGAAGAAAUGGGCAAGAAGAAAGUAACAGACGUUAAGACGGUUCCUGAAAUUACGAAGGAAUUGAGCAGCAUUCGGUGCUGCGACGGCGACUCAGCCACCCUCGAAUGCAAAGUAUUCGCAACUCCCGCCCCAGACAUACGCUGGGAGAAAAAUGGCAAGUUGAUCCACUUAGGAGAUGAUUUCAAUGCCGAGUUCGACGGCGAAACGGUCAAAUUGUCCAUAAAUCAAGUGUACCCCGAGGACGAAGGAGAAUACACUUGCGUGGCGUACAACGAACUAGGAAAGGCGACCACGUCCGCUUGUCUUAUCGUCGACCUGCCCGAAGAAAAGGAGAACCUCCUCACGCAGCAGCUGAAGCGUCCCGCCGGCUUCGUCGACGGCGCCUCCUCGAAUCGCCCGUCCUCGACGCGGUCCCUGUCGCCCGUGCGCUCGUACCGAGACCGAGGCGCGGCCGAGGGCAGGGCCCGCCCGACGGCGCCCAAGUUCUACGCGUACCCGCACAACAGGGUGGCCGAGCAGGGCGAGACGGUGCGCUUCCAGUGCGCCGUCGCCGGCCACCCCGACCCCUGGGUCACCUGGGAGAAGGACGGCGUCGCGGUGACGCCGUCGGCCCGGCUGCGCGUCACCGAGAGGGAGGACCUCAGGACGCUGGAGAUAUCGGAUGUCAUUCCGAGCGAUUCGGGGCUGUACAAGAUUGUUUUGGAGAACGACGUGGGAAGGGUGGAGACGUCGGCGAAAUUGGACGUCAUCGGCCACAGGAUCGUCUCGAUGAGGGGAUUGAGGGCGAGGAGUUUGUCGCCCAAGCCGGCCCCUCGUUAUCCGAAGAGCUAUUCGGGGGAUUUUGCUAAGCCGGGUUUUUAUUCGAAUCUUACGUCGUACGGUUCCUACGGGAGGUUUUAUUGUCGCACCGCCGACGAUGAGGUGAUGAAGUCGAAGCCGGAAAUUCUGAAAUGCCUCCCUAAGAACGUUGGUGUCGCCGAAGGAAGGGCUUUGAGUUUGGAAGUGGAAGUAAUCGGUAAUCCUCCUUUUGAUGUCGUUUGGAUGAAAGACGGCUGCAUUUUGCCGCAUUGCGAGGAUUUUCAACAAACCGUUACUAAUACUGGUUUAAUAACCCUUUACCUACCCGACGUGUAUCCGCAGGAUUCGGGCAAUUACAGAUGCGAGAUUUACAAUUUGUACGGCGAUUCGUUUUCGACUUGUUGCGUUAGUGUUAAUGAUGCAUCGAAAGCACCAGCUCAAAUUAAAGUCCUAGAACGACCGGCUUCAAUUUCUGUGGCUGAAGGAGAUGAUGCUACUUUUUUAGUGAAAUAUCGUAGCUCAGAAAAGGUUAAAGUUCAAUGGAAAAUAGCAGGUAAAAUUGCUAUUCCGGGAUCAAAAUUUAAGGUAGAGGAAGAAGAUGACGUUAACAUUCUUCGCAUUGUGGGGGUGACGAGGAGGGACGCCGGUCCCGUAGAGUGCUCGCUGCUGCCGCUGCACUCAGUCAACGGCGGUCCGACGGCUACGUCGACGGAUUUGAACGCGAAUCUCGCGAUUGUCGACGGUACUGGCAGCAGUAGUGACAGUGGAGCCUCCAUGGAGGAGGUAGUGCGAGCCGAAGAGGUUGCAGCGAAGCUCCUUAGGGGACCCCAGGACACUACGGCCCUUGUCGGCGACAGAGUGCUGCUCAAGGUUACUUACGUCGGACAGCCUGAACCUAAAGUCACCUGGAGCAAAGCGGGUCGAGAAUUGAAAAAUGACGAACGUACCAGUAUAACAUCCGGCGACGGAGUAUCCUGUCUAUUACUGCAAAACAUAACGACAGAUGAUAGCGGAAAAUACGACGUCGUCGUAGAUAAUUCCCUUGGUGAAGACGUCAGUUACGCUUCUUUAGCAGUUGAAGGUCCUCCUGACCCACCGAGUGGAACACCAUGCAUCACGACAUCUCCAGACAGUGUAACGGUAGCGUGGAGCAGCUCCCCUUACGACGGUGGGAAAAUAAUCAACGGCUACGCCGUGGAGUACACCCUCGUGGGCAGCGACAUUUGGACCACCGCCGUGGAGGAAUGCCACUCGCUCAGCUACGUGGUGAGGGGCUUGCAGCAGGGUGCUCGCUACGUCUUCAGAGUGAAAGCCCUGAACGUGCACGGUUACAGCCGGCCCAGCGUCGAAUCGGACGUCAUCCAACUAGACGAGCAAAGCGAAUCGGGUUUCUUCGAGCCGAGAACGGUGGCCGUCGAGCCGGGACCGGAGUUCAAGGCCCGCUACGAGGUGCUGGAGGAGCUGGGAAAGGGGCGGUUCGGCGUCGUGCACAAGGCGAUCGAUAAGGAAACCAACCAGAAAUUCGCGGCUAAAUUUAUUAAAUGCAGAACGGCCAAAGAUAGGGAUAAGGUACAAGACGAAAUCGACAUUAUGAAUCUCCUCAGGCACCAGAAGCUGCUCCAACUGGCGGCCGCCUUCGAAAAUCCCAGGGAUAUGGUUAUGGUCAUGGAAUACAUAUCCGGCGGGGAGUUGUUCGAACGAGUGGUGGCCGACGAUUUUACGCUUACCGAAAAAGACUGCAUUUUAUUCAUGAGGCAAAUAUGCGAGGGCGUAGCCUACAUGCACAGCCAGAACAUCGUCCACUUGGACCUGAAGCCGGAGAACAUUAUGUGCCACACGCGGACGUCGCACGAAAUCAAAAUCAUCGAUUUCGGUCUGGCCCAGAAACUGGACCCCAAGGAGCCCGUCAGGGUGCUCUUCGGCACGCCGGAGUUCAUACCGCCCGAGAUCAUCAGCUACGAACCCAUAGGCGUCGAGUCCGAUCUCUGGUCCAUCGGGGUUAUUUGCUAUGUUUUGUUGUCUGGUUUGUCUCCUUUCAUGGGCGAAAACGAUUCGGAAACGUUCUCGAACAUAACGCGAGCAGACUUCGAUUUCGACGAUGAAGCCUUCAACGCUGUUUCCCAGAACGCUAGAGACUUCAUCGGCGCUCUUUUGAUCAAAAGAAAAGAGGACCGUUUAUCUGCUGAGCAAUGUGUAAAACACGUUUGGCUCGAUCCAGAAACCCACCAGGAAACUGUCGUGCUUUGCACAGAUAAACUCAAAAAAUUCAUAAUUCGUCGCAAGUGGCAGGCCAAUCGUCCGCUUCGUCAAACAGCUUAAAAAAAGUACCGAUUUACACGUACCGAACGAUCGCUGGUACCAUAAAAAAAUUCGAUUCCGCCGAUAAACCUUCGACCGGCGGCGGCGCCCCGGCGGAGCCCGUCGUAAAGCUUAAGUCCACCAAUCACCCGGCUCCGGUACUCCCGAUCGCCAAAUGUCCUUCUCCGGUGGUGUUGAGGAAAGCCCCGGCCUUCGCGCCGAAAGAGCAAGGCGCAAAGGCGGCGAAGGAACCGCAGGCUCCGAUUAAAUCGAAUAGUUUUAACGUUAAGGACCGACCAAAAAACGAGAAGUUUCAAAAGAUCGCGGCGUUUUGGAACUCGCCUGAUAUCUAUCAUUAACAAGCAUGGUUUCGACUCGAUAUUUAAAUUAUGUGUAUUGUAUGUGUAUAUACAAAAUAUAUUUUUCUGUUUUUAUUCUAUUUAUACCAAAUAAGUGCCUUAAACGAGUUUUAUUUUGUUAGGAUUAGACUCAAAGUUUUAUUUUUGUGUUAUAUAGGAGAAGAACUGUUAUGCCCUCCAAUAUUUUAGAUUGUAUAUUGACCUAAUGAAGACGAUUUGAAUAUUCA